CCAAGCCGAUUGGCGCGAAAAAGUCGACGAAGGCCGUUUCUACCAAGAAGCACGAACCAGUCGAGAAGUGCUUUCUUCCCGUCAGUGCUAAUGAUCGAUAGGUUUCGCUAUGUACCAGCUACGAAGGACCAUGCUGAUAAAAUUUUGGAUUUUCUGAUCAAUCAGUUCGGCAAGUAUGAGCCUAUAAACGCAUCGACAAAAGCCACCAAGGACGACCUGAUUGAUUUGUUCCGUGAUACUGCGCAUCACGGGUACACAAACGACAAAUACUCCACACUGGUAUAUGAUGGAAACCGGCUGAUAGCUAUGUGCUUAUGUUCGUUGUGCUCGACGGAGACGAUGGACGCCCCAUUUCCAGCACAAAUAGAUGUCAAAAAUCACGACUUUGCGGAAGACAUCGUCAAAGGGCCCUAUAAGCAGCACAAAGCCAACCAGAUAAUCAUUUUUGUGCGCUUCCUGGAGGACACACUGUCUCAAAUGCUGUCUAAACAUAAAUUCAUGAAAAUGGACAUAUUAUGCGUGCACAAGGAUUACAUGGGUCAAGGCUUGGGCAAAGAGCUCAACCGAUGGGCCAUGCAAAAUGCGCAAGCAGAGGGUUGUGAAUACAUAGCGACUGCUGCGACUGCAGCUGCUUCGCAAGCAAUUUUUGCAAAGUCUGGUUGGAAAAUUCUGUACGAGGUACCCUAUGCAAGUUAUCGUGAGAACGGCAAUCCAGUGUUUCAAAAUCUCCACGACGGUUGUCAAAGUGCGAAAGUUGUAGCUGCAAAGUUAUACUAAUUUGAUCCCACAUAUCAUCAAUGUUUUCUUUGAUUCGAAGUAAUUACGCGAUAUCAUCAACAUGUAAUACAAAUGUUGCAAACAUUAUACGACGUCAUAUCAUAUUCACUUUGUCUCACCAAUGUGUACAUGUACUUGCAUACUUUGAUGUCUAUAAUGAGAAAAAUAAAACAUAUUCAAACAGUUUGCUUUCGGCAAGAGUUCUGCUGAGUUCCUUUCUUGCAUCAUUAUUUUUGAUGAGGGGAGAGCACACCUGCUUUGAAUUUGUCAUCAGUAUCAUCUAUUUUUUUGGAAUCUUG